UCUCUCUCUCUCUCUCUCUCUCUUUUCUUUUAUUUUUUACACUCCAAAUCCACAUGUCCCUUCUAAGAAACUAACCAUUUCUCCCAAUAUGUAAACAGGUCUGACCAUUUAUGAGGCCCUGUCCCCAUCAACUUCUUCCCUGCCCUUGACCUCUUCCCUGAGUACCCAUCAAAGAAGGUCUUCUGCUUCCUCCUUGGUAAGAACCUCAGAGAGGAGCAUUUGCACACCCACUGCAACUGGCAUCUAGACUUUUCCAGAGAGGCAGUCUGCCUUUCCCUUCUUCCCAAGAGCUCCAGGGUCUUUCUUCCGGGCUCAUAUUUCCUAUCAGCUCAGACCCUUGUAUCCCCCAGGUGUCCAAGAAACAAUCUUUGCCCACAAGGAGUCUGAAAGGCUUCAUACUGUUCACUCUGGGACACAUUUCCCCAGAAUUAAUGUGCAUAUUCUCCUAGCCACCAGAUGUGUCAUCUUCCUGAGGUGGUCAGCAAGUGACUCCCCCAGGAAAGCUGUGUCCCAGUCUUGGGAAUAACACGGCAGUGCCUGGGGAGCUGGGAUUAUGCUGAGGAUGCUGACCAACAUCCAACCCCUAGGAUGCUUGAGAAAUGGAAAAACAAGCUUUGCACGUUGCCUGGGUUCUGCCAAAUCAGCAGGCCCCUGCUGUGGCCAAUCAAGAACUUCUCUCAGAAGUGAUAUUGGCUCAUUCUUCUCAUCUCGCUGAUUGGCUUUGAGAAAUGGGCGGAGCUACUGAGUCUGCCCCUGCUUCCCAUUGGUGGAUGAAAUUUAAAGGUGGGCCUCCAGCAAGUGUUUGUCCUGUAACAAAAGGGAAUGUCUUGGGGAUUUUCCCCCUGCUUUGGAAAUCUAGCCUUCAGGCAAAUUAUAAGUAGGAACCCAAUUUGAAAGUAAGAAAUCUGAAUGGAAUUAAGCUGUCAGGUCCUCAGAAGGGCGCAUUCCCACCUCAGUCUGAGGUCUGAAUGUGCCAAACACAGGCACUUGUUUUAAGGGAAAGGAUUACCAGAUUUUGCCAACAGUUAGCCAGCAGCUACCCCCAAACAGGUCACCAGUGGCAAGAAAAGUGACAGUUCUUUUUUUCUUCUUCUUUUUUUUUUUUUUUUAAGCUUUAAAUGAUUUUUCAAGGCUGAGCAGUAGUUGCAAGCACAUGACUUUAACUGCUUGCAAGGGCUUUUGCUGCCGCCUAAAAUGAAGCUACUCUCUCAUUAAGAGAGAGUUACCACCGACCCCGGUGUAUGACCCUUUCCCAGCUGCUUUUCGAUGGCCAUAACACUACACUGCUCAAUCCCACCUAAGGCAGAAGGCAAGAAGCCCGGCCUUCUGUGGAAACUGGGUACAAUCUCCCCGCUCUUCUGCUCCCAAAACCAAAGAGGACUGACUCUAGGGAGCCAGGAAAGGUGUGAGAAGUCUUCCUGGACAGAGAGCGGAGUAUAGCGUGGAACAGAGGUGAACCGGACAGAGGACGCGAGACAGGGCCACCAUGGGCUUGCUGCAAGGUCUUCUCGGAGCAAGAAAACUGCUGCUGGUCAUCUGCGUCCCGCUGCUGCUGCUGCCUCUGCCCAUCCUCUAUCCCAGCAGCGAGGCUGCAUGCGCUUACGUGUUGAUUGUGACAGCUGUAUACUGGGUGUCCGAGGCGGUGCCUCUUGGAGCUGCAGCCCUCGUGCCUGCCUUCCUCUACCCAUUCUUCGGAGUUCUCCGUUCCAGUGAGGUGGCAGCUGAGUACUUCAAGAACACCACCAUGCUGUUGGUCGGUGUCAUCUGCGUGGCAGCAGCUGUGGAGAAGUGGAACCUGCACAAGCGCAUUGCUUUGCGCAUGGUCUUGAUGGCCGGAGCCAAGCCGGGCAUGCUGCUGCUGUGCUUCAUGUGCUGCACCACCAUGCUGUCCAUGUGGCUCUCCAACACCUCCACCACUGCCAUGGUAAUGCCCAUUGUGGAGGCUGUGCUGCAGGAGUUGAUAAAUGCUGAGGAGGAGCAGCUGGGGGCAGACAACUCCAACGCAGAAGCAGCUGAGCUCAUGGGUCUUGAUGUAAACAACAGCCAAGCUCCUCUGGAACUCAUCUUUGUCAACGAAGACACAUCAAAGGCAGACUUCACUUCCCUGAUGCAGACCAAGAACCUGAAUGGUGUGCCUUCAGCCACCGAACCUAUGAAAACAGCAAACCAACACAAGCAGCAGCACCCCUCACAGGAAAAGCCACAAGUCCUGACCCCCAGCUCCAGGAACCAAGAGUUGAACAGGAAGAAAUAUAGGUCCCAGCAUGACCAAAUGAUCUGCAAGUGCCUUUCUCUGAGCAUAUCCUACGCCGCCACCAUUGGUGGCCUGACCACCAUCAUUGGCACCUCCACCAGCCUCAUUUUCCUGGAGCACUUCAACAACCAAUACCCAGCAGCAGAGGUGGUGAACUUUGGCACCUGGUUCCUCUUCAGCUUCCCGAUCUCCCUCAUCAUGCUGGUGGUCAGCUGGUUCUGGAUGCACUGGCUCUUCCUGGGCUGCAACUUUAAAGAGACCUGUUCUUUGAGCAAGAAGAAGAAGACCAAAAGGGAAGAGUUGUCAGAGAGGAGGAUUCAAGAGGAAUAUGAAAAGCUGGGGGACAUUAGCUACCCUGAAAUGGUGACUGCGUUUUUCUUCAUCCUGAUGACGGUACUGUGGUUUACCCGAGAGCCUGGCUUCGUCCCUGGCUGGGAUUCUUUCUUUGAAAAGAAAGGCUACCGCACUGACGCCACAGUCUCUGUGUUCCUUGGCUUCCUGCUCUUCCUCAUUCCAGCAAAGAAGCCCUGCUUUGGGAAAAAGAAAAACGGGGCAAACCAGGAGCCCACCUUGGGGAUGGAACCCAUCAUCACAUGGAAGGACUUCCAGAAAACCAUGCCCUGGGAGAUCGUCAUCCUAGUGGGAGGAGGCUAUGCGCUGGCUUCUGGCAGCAAGAGUUCUGGCCUCUCCACAUGGAUUGGGCACCAGAUGCUGUCACUGAGCAGCCUCCCGCCAUGGGCCAUCACUCUGCUAGCAUGUGUCCUGGUGUCGAUUGUCACAGAGUUUGUCAGCAACCCAGCCACCAUCACCAUCUUCCUGCCCAUCCUGUGCACCCUGUCUGAAACUCUGCACAUCAACCCGCUCUACACCCUGAUCCCAGUCACCAUGUGCAUCUCCUUUGCUGUGAUGCUGCCCGUGGGAAACCCCCCCAAUGCCAUCGUCUUCAGCUAUGGGCACUGCCAGAUCAAAGAUAUGGUGAAAGCUGGCCUGGGAGUCAAUGUCAUUGGCCUGGUGAUAGUGAUGGUGGCCAUCAAUACCUGGGGAAUUAGCCUCUUCCACUUGGACACUUUCCCAGCCUGGGCUAAGGUCAGCAACAUCACCGAUCAGACCUAACCAAGUGGACAAAGUAGCACGACCAGAAUUGAGCCACAGGCAAAGAAAACCACCAGGAGCACACACCCAGAGGAUAUCCCUGCCACCAGAUUCCACCAGCCACCAGACGUGUCAGCUGUUGCACCUCCUUCCCCACCUGCCUUUCCUUAGCACCAUCACUCAAGAAAACCCACUCUCUGGCUUCCUUGUGCCCACCCUAACAGCUGAUUCUUUCUGAAGACAGGAAAAGUUGCAAGCCUGUCUUAGUUGCCCUUCAAGGUGAAGCUUCACCAACUGCCUGGCCUCACCAGGUUUUGUUAUCUGUAAUACCCUCCUAGGAACUGAACUGAUACCCAGACAAUUGAAACCCGUGACCUGUCUUCUGGGGGGAUAGUGUAACCUAGUGCUCUCAAGUGUUUCUAUCUUGCCUGUACAAAGAGGCAACUCUCGAGGUGAUCGGAACUCUUUUAUCACUUCUUUCAUUUGCCUCAAGUCUCUCUCUUCAGUGGCUCCCCUUCACCUUGGCACCAAAUUCCUGUAACACAAAAAUGUCUCCCUUCAGAAAGAGGCAGGCAUUAUUCUGUCAAAGGAAAGGGAAGCAGAACAUGAAAACAUCUUGAGAUUAGCACCUCUCUAGCCACUUGUCAUUAAUGGGAAAUGCCACUGCCUUGGCUAAGUGUGGGGAGGAAGGGAAAACUUUCAUACCUGUUAGGGACACCAAAACUACAAUUACAAGCACAGCAGUAUUUCUGAUAUGUUGGCUUGCUUCUCCACUUAAUGAGUAGAACACAAAAUUCAUAGUACCCAAAGGUCCAACCGUCAAUCACUUCCUAUGAGGCCGUGAGCCCUUUGAGGGGAAGAUGUGUCUCUUGGGUUCUUAUAGUGUAGUAACUGAAACUGCUAUAAAUGUUCCUGAUAAGAAAAAUCAUUGGAAAGCAAGCCUUCCUUCCUCCUAAGGACCAUGACAUGUUCUCCAUCAGAUGUCCUUGCUAUGUGGCUGGAAGGAACUCUCUAUCCCUUCUGUUUUCUGCCAUUCUAUACUUCUGAUUUCACUAGCAAUUACUUGCUAAAUGUAUCUGUGGAAAGUGGAGUUACUAUAUGGUUGCAACAAUCUAAAGUUACUACUUAGGUACAUACAAUUCUCCCAUGAUAAUUUACUUGUAAAAAGUCACACGUCUAGCUUACCAGGAGUGUAAGUAUGAGUUUUAAAAUUCCUUUUGUGCCAGUCAACACUUACAUGAUCCAAAACUGUGACUGACCAGGUUUAGCCAGGAGUAUGAGUACUUCUGCCCUUCAUUUAGCACUGGCAGUGUCUGGCCAAUCACAAUAAGGAAGACCUUAUGAGCCCAUAAGCACUGGCAAUGUUACAGAUGGCUUGAACGAGCUGACAUCCACAUCCCUACAUUCAAUUUUCUUUAAAAUGUUUUGAGUAUUGUCAAAGCAGGCAAUCACAUUUCUGAACCAUUAAAGAACUCAGACACUAACUCCCUAGGUUAGAUGAUAAGACAGGCAUAGAUAAUGCAAUUCUGGGCAUAUAAAAAGGAAAAAGAGAAAAUUUGACUCAGAAUUAUGUGGACUUGGAAUUAUUGGCCACCUAUUUGAGACCCUCAAAGCAAAGUAAUGUCAACUCCGCUGUUGCCAGGGCUCCAUUAGCUGAUGCAUUCAAGGAGCUGACUUAGAAAUACAUUCAUUACAAUCUGAUCUACACUCAACAACAGUGCUGUUCUUUCCUAAAUCCAGAUUCAGGCCAAACAAGACUGUUUAGUGCAAUGAUGGGGCAGCGGAUGUGAUUAAUAAACCCUAGUCACCGGGCGUGGUAGUGCACGCCUUUGAUCCCAGCACUCGGGAGGCAGAGGCAGGCAGAGCUCUGUGAGUUCAAGGCCAGCCUGGUCUACAUAGUGAGUUCCAAGCCAGCUGGGGCUACAGGGAGACCCUACCUCAAAAAGACCAAAACAAACAAAAAAACCCAGUCAUCUAGAAAUCACUCCACUUCCAGCCCUUCUCUUGCUAAGACUUGAUUUUUAUUUUGUAUAUCACACUGUAUGUGUGAAAAUGUGAUGUUUGGUCAUCUUGCAUCAGCUCAUUUUCCAGAUGCUCAAACAGCCAAUGAUAGUAAGUAUGGCUGCACCUUAUUCUCAUAGGUUGCAUAUCAAGUUUGCUUAAAGUUGCCUUGAAAUGCCUUUAAGUUCCCCACAGUAAGUAAAGGCUGAGAACUUUUGCAUCGGCAUUUUCAUGUCAUGAAGACUCAUAUUCAUCACCUUUUUGGUUUUUAAAAAUUGCUACUUUGCCUCCAAUGUCAGAUGUUUCUUGAACUAAACAUCAAAUAAAGUGCAGCUGAC